AUGGCGAUGGAGGGGCCUAGGCAUCAACCGCCUACCCUCGUCCCAUUGCUGAUGAGCGUGACGGCUGUGUUGAUCUCACACCACAUCUUCAACACCGCUGCACAGAUACCAGACCCCGAGAAAGAGAUAGAGGCUCGGCACGUACAAAGACAAGCCGCAAAAACAUAUGCCAACACACUGGAGACGGUGCCCCCCCUCAACGAACUCACAGAGAUGCCGGGAGCGGCUAAGCCUGAGGAGAAGGAGGAGGUGCCAACCGUUGCGGGCAAGGUUGAUGCUGAGAAGGGAAAGAAGAAAGAAAAAGAAGGCAAGGGUGAAGAGAAGGCUGAAACCACAAAGAAGAAAGGGGAAAAGGGGGAGAAAGGAGCAACGAAGAACGAGGCAUUGGAUGGAGGGAAAGGUAAAAAGGGAGGUGGAGAGAAAGGAGAAGAAAAAGGAGGGAAAGGAGGUGGAGCCAAGGGUGGUGCCAAGAAGCCUGCAAAAAAGUGA